AUGGUCCAAAUUAUGUGUAUCUUCAAGUAUAAUAGGUCAAUAAGAGUCACCUAUAUUGUCCAAAAAAAGAAACUGCCAGUAGACACCGAUUAUCGAAUGGGCCCUCAAAAUCCUUCUGAUAUGUACCACAUCGAAGUGCCAGUGGCAACAGAUGCAGCAGUUGGGGAGGAUGCGGUGCCGAAAAUGAACAAGUUCAAUGUUCUAUGUAACAACUUGAAAGUCCGAUUACAUUCAAAAGCCCCAUUCGUCAGCAUCAUUUCAAGCCCUUACUUGACACAAUCAGUGCAGUUCUCCUCUCACAAAAGCCCUCAUUUGCCUCGUCAUUUCAAUACCAUGCUUACCCUACUGCACAUCGCGCUUGCUGUGCAGUACACCUGCAAUGUGUUCUCCCCUCCUUUAUCAUACUUUUGA